UCCAGUUUCAACCUCCAGUCUUCCUUUCCACCUUCCACAGUCCGCCCGCCGGUCUUUCAGCCCCCAUAUGCCCAACCAACUGAAAGCAAAAGAAACAAAGAAAAUCCAGAAGUCUGCUCCGGCGACUUCCGACUUCCAUUUCCUCCCCGGAGUUCGCCCCGCCGUAGGGUUGUCUGGAUUUGUUUUUUUUUUUUUUGCAACAAGCAGUUCGAAGUUGAAGGAGAGUUUUCAGGUGUUGUCGAGAAUGGCAGCGGAUAAAGAAUCAUCGUCGUCGUCAAGCUCGGAGAAGCAAGAUCUGACCCGCCACGAGUCCGACUCGGAAGAUGUCCCCAAGUCUCCUCCUAGCUCCCCUGGCUCUUCCACUCGCAAGGCUUGCUAUGCCGUUCUGCAAAGUUGGGUGUCCAAGAAGUUCAUGACUGGAUGUGACAAUUGCAGCAUUGUUCUGUUUCCAGUAGCUGUGACAUUCUUGAUCACAUGGUGGUUUGUUGAGUUUGUGGACAGCUUCUUCAGUCCCAUAUAUGAACAACUUGGCGUUGAUAUAUUUGGCCUUGGAUUUAUUACGUCACUACUUUUCAUAUUCUUCGUGGGGAUAUUUGCUUCAUCAUGGUUUGGUUCCACUGUAUUCUGGCUUGGUGAAUGGCUCAUAAAGCAAAUGCCAUUUGUGAAGCACUUGUAUUCAGCCUCCAAGCAACUCAGUGCAGCUAUUUCUCCUGACCAGAAUACUACUGCAUUUAAAGAGGUGGCAAUCAUCCGUCAUCCACGUCAAGGGGAAUAUGCAUUUGGCUUCAUCACAUCGACUUUUCUCCUUCAGAGAGAAGACGGGGAUGAAGAAUUGUGCAGCGUUUAUGUUCCAACAAACCAUCUGUAUAUUGGAGACACUUUUCUGGUCAACUCGAAAGAUAUCAUCAGACCAAACUUGUCGAUUCGGGAAGGAAUAGAGAUCAUUGUCUCAGUUGGUAUGACGAUGCCACAAACCCUAGCUCCCGCCGAAAGAAUUUUGCAUCAGAAAAAUGGGACUCCACUCACCAGAAUGGUAUAAGGUACUAAACGAUGAGUAUUUCCUUGCUCUGUCAAAGAACAAUCAAAUGUGUCUGAGACAGUUUAGGUGUGUACAUACUAGCAGCAAACCCCGAGUGUUCUUUCGUGUAUUUCCUUGUCUCUAUUAUAUAAUGUUAGAAGAAACAAUUUGCUUACAAUACAGAAUCGUUUCAACUACUAGUGUACCAAAUUUCUUCAGUUCAUUGUACACCAGGAGUGUCACUUUAAGCUGGAGUCAGAAAUGGCUUCAUUACAGAACUCUUAUCUGCGUUUCUUCCGCUGAGCGGUAGGGGGUAGUUUCUCUGAUGGUCCAGUAGGGAGUUUGCGUCCAGUCUCCUUCUCGAUUCGUCUCUUGAGCUCUCUGAGUAUCCGAACUUGGCCGAGUUUCUCUGGAGACAAUUUAUCCCAGUAGAUCCCUGCAUAUGAACAGAAGAGUAAUGCAAGCCAAUGCCUUAGAUUUAUUGAAAUGCCUCCGAUGAUGCAAGCCAACACCAUGUAUACACUGAUAAACUGACCUUGAGGCUUUGGGAUGCCGGUGUUUGUGAAUAUGACUCGUGUGGGCGUGCAUAUAAUGGAUCAGCAG